AUGUCUCCAGCAUUUACGGACAAAAAUUAUGAUUCGAGUACAUCAAAAACAUCUAUACAGAACGAAACACUUAAUGAAAAGAUUCUCCAAUAUGAAAUUCCAUUUGGCCUCAACGAUUCCAGUAUAUCAUCAGAUCAUAAACCUCAUAUUGGGCGAAAAGGAGUUGAUGCAACAAAAGAAACAAGCUUAGAAGAAACUCCUGUUGAGCAGAACAGCAAUGAGCCUACGAAAACUAUAGAAUUAGGGCAGAAAUCUGUUGCAACCAAUGUGUCUAAUAUGACUCCCUCUACCAUCCGGCCCAAUAAUUUGACUAGUAACUUUACUAUAAAUUCAACUAAUGCUAAUGGCACGACAAGAGUUUCAACUUCAUCACAAGGAAACUUAAACCAGAGUACAUCAAGUUCAACUAUGUUAACAAAUUUUCCAGUUUCAAGAAAUGGAAUUCAAAACAGUUCCUCAGAAAACACGUUAAAUGUUUCUGAGUUGACCCCACCUAAACCGAAACCAGAAUUCACUAGAGAUGAUAGUGAUGUAGAUAAUAAUUCCUAUUCUUUAACAAAUCCAGAAAAUGAUUAUGUCAUUCCUGUAGUUGCAACGAUAUUUGCUGCUCCCUUACUCAUUGUGUUGGCUAUGUUUUUAUAUAAGAGGAGUAAAGAAUUUUGGGAACGUAGACAUUACAGGCGAAUGGACUUUCUGAUUGAUGGAAUGUAUAAUGAUUAA